CCUCCCCCCCCCCGCUCCUGUCCCGCCAUUGUCCUUUUCCGUCCCCCGCCCCCUCUCGCCACGCCCACUUCCGCCGUUUCUCGUCACGUGAUCGCUCCUUCUCCUCGACCUCCUCCGCCAUGACUGCACGACUCAAGAAGACGAGGAAGCUGAGAGGUCAUGUGAGCCAUGGCCACGGCCGGAUAGGCAAACACCGCAAGCACCCUGGUGGGCGCGGUAACGCCGGCGGUCAGCACCACCACAGGAUCAACUUCGACAAAUACCACCCCGGCUACUUCGGCAAGGUGGGCAUGCGCCGCUACCACCUCAAGCGCAACCAGCUGCACUGCCCCACGCUCAACGUGGACCGCCUGUGGACGCUGGUGAGCGAGCAGACGCGGGCUGCAAGCGCCAAGCUGCCGGAGGGCACCGCGCCCGUCAUCGACGUCGUCAGAGCCGGCUACUACAAGGUGCUGGGCAAGGGCCGUCUGCCCAAGCAGCCGGUGAUCGUGAAGGCAAAGUUCUUCAGCCACCGUGCAGAGCAGAAGAUCCGUGCAGUGGGGGGAGCCUGCGUGCUGGUGGCCUAGACGCUCGCCGUGUACGCACACAGCACGUGUACACGGAGCGGUUGCACUCACACAGCCGUACACACAUUUGCGUGUACACCCAUACAUGCAACGUCCCACGGACCGUGUACACACCCAUACAUACAGCUUUACACACCUAUGCAGUGUACUCACACUCACAUGUAGGUGUGUAAACACACACACACUUGUGCAAACGGCACCACACAAACACAGGAGUGCUCACACAAGGUUCUGAAUAAAAACGCCCAGUUGCUUUA